GUUUCAAAGGGCCGACACUCAUAAAUUAAAUUUUUACCAUACAUUUGCUUUAAAGUCGUUUUCAGACAUCUUCAAACGCAGUUUCAGUUUUGUAAUACCCGUACAAACACUCGCUGGCAGUAUUUAAUCGUAUUUUACGAAUCGUGACCGUGUCAUUUCUCAUCAGCGUGGUUGUGUUGAGCUCGUAAAGGACUGUGUACAAUGUUUAUGCUCCUGACACUAUAUUUAGGAUUAUUUUCUUUUUCUUAAAGACUGUGGAUACUUUAUAAAGGCUUUAAAGGUCGGCAGGAUGUCCAUUGAUUUUGACAGUGCAGCUUUACAGACUCAGCAGGAGGAAGAGGAGUAUGAUCAGGAAGACUAUGCCAGAGAACAAGAGCUUCACAAGCUCCUGACUGAUCUUCCUGAUGAUAUGCUGGAGGACAGUCGUGACUGCUCCUCACCUGAGCUCGACCGAUCCAACUGCAGUCACCAGGGAGAUGACAACAGACAACAGCAUGCUUGGAAUGUGCCACAGUGGAAGCCUCCAAGAUCUUCCCAUGAGGAGCACUAUGAGGAGUAUGGUCAAGGCUCUUACCAUGAAGAGUACAGCUAUAGGAGUCACACUUCACAGACCAACAGUCACCCUCAUCACCUCCAGACCGGGACUGAACAUUUACCCACAGAGUGGGACCAACAGAACGGCCAGAACUACCAGUACCAGAGUGGAGACUAUGCCCACUCAUCUGCAGGCGAGGAGGAGUCACACGGCAGCAACUUCUCAGCUGGGGAAAGGAUGGAAGAGGACGGCAUCCCACAUAACGCUCUCCAUCAUGGGGAAAUUUACCAUGGAGAAGAGGUCCAGAGCAAUGGGCAAAACUAUGGAGAGCACAGCAACAUUCAAAACCACUUCCAGGUUUUUGAAAAUGGAGGUGCUGAGAACAAAUCUGCUGACCAUUAUAAGGCCAGUUAUCACCCACAUCAGCCUUCAAACCAACCAAAGAUGUUCAAUCCACAAGCAGCCUCUCAGAAUGGCCAUUUUGACCAGCUUCAGAGGGACUUCCUGGACUCAACACAGCAUACAGCAGAAAGUCAGCAGCUGGCUCAGCUUCAGAUUUUGAACAGAGCUCAGUCCAGACAAAUCGAGGAGCUGGAAAAGAAACUAGAGGACUGCAGGAGGAGGAUGAGAUAUGUAGAGCACCAGUAUGCCAUCGUCAAAGAUGAAAAAGAUGGUCUGGUGAUAUCGCUAAAGGAGUCCAGCAGUCUAGUGGAGGAGGCGAAAGAGAGAGAAUCUCAGCUGCAGGGAAAAAUCAGAUCUCUAGAGAAACAGAUUCAGACUCUUACAGAGAGAGAGCAGGAGAUUGUAAAGAAGCAGCAUAUAGCCGAGGCGGCGAUGGACAGCAUGCAGCAGCAGAUGAUGGAGCUGUGUCGCUCAAAUACGCUGACGCGAGCACGUGAGCAGCACGACAGAGACGUGGCGGCCAUCAGGGGACAGUAUGAGGACAGACUGCUCAACCUUCAACAGAAACUAGACGCCCAAUCACAGAGUCUGGACGAACAGGCUCAGAUGGGCCAGCGGCUGCUGGAUCAGCUCAGACAGCUGGAGCGUCAGAGAGAGGAGGAUCAGGUGGACAGAGCCUCUGUCAUCAACACGCUCACGCAGCGCCUGGAGGAGAGCCAGCAGCAGUGUGCCAAACUGCUCCACACUGGCGCAGUACAAGAGAUGAGUCAGUUACAGAUGAAACUACAACAGGCUCAAUCUGCCCGAGGUAUCGGUGAAGACCUCAACAAAGCCCUGCAGGAGGAGCUGACUGAGCUGAAGGAGCAGAUAAAUCUCUAUGAGUCUGCUGUUAAACAUGGAGCCCUUUCAUUAGAGUCAAAUGGAGACUGGGAAAACCAGCUUUCUGAGUCCUACAUGAACCUUGGAAUCAAGAAGUCCAAGCAGAGAAAUGGACGAAUACACAGCACACCUCGUAUAGCAGAAGAAGGAGACUCCAGCCUGCCAAAGGAUGAUAUUGUCAGAGAACUGAAGUGCGAGUUGCAGCGCUGCCUGAGUCACCUGAAGACCAAGAGACUGAAGAUCUCUGAGCUGCAGGUGGAAAUUCGGAGCUCCCAGUCUACCAUAGAGAAGCUACAGAUACAGCUAGAGCAGGCAGAGAAGACUGUAAGGGACUCCAAGGUGAGGGAGAGCAGUUUGGAGAAACACCUGGAAUCAUCUUGCAUGACUGCUGCACCUGACAAAGAGAUUCUCAGACUGCAGGAGGAACGGAAGCUCAUGCAGGAGAGAGUGGAGGCUCUGGAGAAGAAGAACCAGGAGCUGAAGCAGAGUGAGGAGAAGGUCAAGGUAGCUAAUUCUGACCUCUGCACCAAGAUGAGAGAGAUGAUCCAAGAGCUGGACCAGGAGAAGCAAGAAGCAGCAGAGAGGUAUGAAAGGACUCAGCAACAGUACAGAGAUGACGUGGUGAAUCGUAUACGGGCAGAGCUCACACAAGAGCACACGACUCACAUGGAGCAACUCGCCAGCGAGCAUCAGCAUCACAUCCAAGAGCUAGAGUCGAAACUCACUGACCUUAGUCAGGAGAUGUUAGCUGUGCAGGAAUGCUACAUUUCUGUUUGCAAAGAGAAGGACAAGCUGGAAGAAAAUCUGCAGAACAAGCUUGAAGAAGAGAGAAGACUUAGAGAGAAAGAGCUGAAGCGCAGAGAGGAGAGUGAGCGUGCUCUGGAGAGACUGAGGUCUGAUCUGGAGCAUCAGCAUCAGGAGGACGUGUCUCGGCUCAGUGCCAAAUGGAGGACAGAGACACAGGCUGAGAUUGAGCUGCAGGUCAGAGAGCAGCUGGAUGCCGCCAGGCAUUGCUGGCAGCAAGAACAGCAGACGACCAGCUGCCUAGAAACUGUGGGUCAGUUGAUUUCAGUGGAGGAGUUGGAGGCCAGACUCAGUGCUCAGACAGAGACCCUGCAGCAAGAGGCUGCAGCCGCCCGGGCCAGAGCUGUGGAGGAGGCUGUAAAAUGCGCUCAGAGAGAUUUGCAGCAGAAACAUGCUGAUGACAUAGCACUCCAGGUUGAAGGUGCAAUAUCCCGGGCUCGCUCUCAUUGGCUCCAGGACUUGACCUCCCUGCCAGAAUACAAAAGCAACCUGCAAGCAGAGAAAAAUGAAUGGGAGAGGCUACAACAGCAACUUGUUCAAGAACAGGUGUCUUCAGCUGUGAAGUCAGCAGAGGACAAGUGGCAGGAGAUGUUCCACACUAAAUGCACCGAGCUGGAGGAAUGUAAAAGGAGAAACCAGGAGCUCCAGGAGGAAGUGCAUUCUCUCAGCACUCGACUGAAGAAGUCUUUCCAGGAGCAGGCUGCCCUGAUCAAAGCAAAGCUGGCAGCAGCCCAAGACGUCUGGAUCAGGAACAAACAGGAGGAGAUAUCCCAGCUUAAGGCACAGUUCCAGAGUGAGCACAAACAAAAACUACAGGCUGUGCUGGAGCAGAACCUGCAGCAAACCCACAAACAGAGACACACAGAGCUGCAGGACAUCUUCAGGGAGAAGGAAAAGAAGUGGAGGAGUCAUCAAGAGAUCAGACUGCAGGAGGAAAGGCAGCAGAGACAGGAGGAGGUGCUCGCUGAUCUAAAAGAGGUGCUGCAGGAGGUGCAAGAGGGAGUGGAGAGGAGAGGGAGUCAAGAGGUACAGAAGCCCAGGAAUGUUUCUGGAACCCUCAGAUCCAAACUCUGGGAGAUCUGCAGAGAAUCAGUCAUUCAAACAGUCAACCAAGCCAAGCAGGAGUGGAAGAAGAUCAGCGAAGACAAGCUGAGAUGUGUUCUAAAGGAAACCCAGGAGCGCCAUGAGGCAGAGAUCACAGGCUUAAUGUCUCAGAGGAAGCAGGGUGAAUGCAGCAAUGCUGGAUGUGCCGAAUCGCUGGUGAAGCUGCAGAAAAAGACUCAAGAGCUCCAGAGGCAUCUAGAAAAGGCCUGCCGUCAGCUCCAGAGAGCCGUACGAGAACACAAAAGCACCCUGCAGAAGAUAAAAGAUGACUAUGAGGCAGCUUUGCAGAAAGAGCGAGAGAGUCAUCUCAGAGGCCUUGAGGCACUCAAACAAACUUCAGACACAGAAGCACUUUCAAGUGGCGCGGUCAAUCAGCAGAAUCUUCAAGCAGCUCUUGAGGAAAUGAAGGAGCAAUACAUGAAAGCAGUGGAGAAAAUCAAAGGUGAUAUGCUGCAGUACCUGCAAGAGAGUAAAGAACGAGCAGCCAAGUUGAUCAGGGCAGAGGUCCUGAGGGAAAGAGAGGACACAGCCAGACGGAUGCGCAGGUACUACCUUACCUGCCUACAGGAGCUGCUAGAAGAUGGAGGCCAGACCACGGGCGCUGAGAAGAAAAUCAUUAAUGCUGCCAGUAAACUGGCCGCCAUGGCCAAAGUCCUAGAGACCCCAGUGUCCAAACGUAAGCUUUCGAGAACUCCGAACUCUCAAGGUGGAUCAACAAAAUCAGACAUGGAAACCAACGAUUCUCCUGCUAAACCUCGUGGUGCUGCCUCGCAUGAAACCAACAAGAAUGGAAAGGACAAAAAGAUCCAUCAGAUCUACAGUGUAACUGAGACCAACUACCCAACCAUGACUGCUAAACAGAAAGGUAUCAUACCAACAUCUAAAGGCUUUAGUCCUGAGUCCCUCAAGUCUGGGAUGCCAUAUGGUCCUAAAGACAAUGAGAUGGUUGGUAAGGUACAGCACAAUUCACAAAAACGCACACAGGAUGGUUUUGCCACCUGUUCCAAAGUUAUUGAUGAUAGCAUUUUCAACAGUGAUGUCAAGACCCCUAAUGUCACUUUGAGAAAGCAGAGCAGGAAAAUGUACAUGGAGGGGUUUGACUAUGGAAGAACAGAUCAGUCACUCAAGCCCUUCCUGAUAGAAGAAGAUCCCGUUCGGGACGAUGGGCAGAGUGACUGGAGUUUAACCAGUAACGGCUCAAACUUCAUUAACAACAUUCACCUGACAUCCUCUUAUCCAGAGCCUGGAAAGUUGUUCUCAAUAAAUGGCCCUUCGCUGGGUGGUUUGGACUUUGGAAGCAGCAUCGGCAAUAAUUCUGAUGUAACGAUUUACAAGGAGAUUGUUAAACCACUGUCUAAACCUAACGUCUGUGCAGACAGCAGAACAAGUAAAAACAGAGGACCAAUCCCUGGAUCCGAAGGUGAUAGUGUCCGUAAAAUGUGUCCAAAGAGCUUAUUUUCAGAAUUAAAAGUCCGUCAACAGGACAGUGGGUUCGACAGCCCAUUCGGGCUGCUUCAAAAAUGAAACAGAGACUCUUGUUUGUGUCAGUGUGUGUGCAAUUUGUUGUACUCUCUAACCCUGAACUAUGUUUUUUAUUUUUAUUUGUUUGAGCCAAAAGUGUCUUGUACGUUUGCACUGUCAAUGCAUGAAUUGUUUAUAAUUUAAUAAAACAUCAAACAGUCAAGUUUGCAUUUAACUUUUUUCUUGCUGUAUCUGCUUUUACACUACAUUAAAAGAUUACUAUCCUGAACUAGAUAGGUAAAGUUUGUCAAGACAAAAAUGUUGGCUUCACAAAAACUUAUGAAAGUUUAAACUAGUUUUAAAUGUUUUUAUGGUUAUGUAGGGUUGAAAAUUAACAAAAGAAUUCAUUUCUGUUACAACCCCUCACUGUAAACCUUUAAGUUGUCAUUACUGUAAAAAUCAAGUUGUCUUAAGUAUUACUUGAAAUGUCAAUUUUUGGACUCAUAACUCAAAUAUGUAAGUUCAUUGAACUUAUUU